AUGCUCGACUUCAAAGGAUCAGUUUCAAAAUCUACUGAAGACGACGAGGAGGGGCCGAUAUCGGGUGGGAUAAUAUCAUUCAUUGACUCUUUUUCAUCUAAUCGAUCGUGGUCGUCUGCGUCGCCACUGGAAGCAACUCCCUCACGGCGCCCCAAGCUGCACCCCGAUGACUUCGAUGAGAGAGAAGAAUCGUCUAAUCCUGACGAGCUUCUCCUUCCGCAGACACCUCAAUCACGUACCCUUUCAACCAAAGAUAUCGUUGGACGGAGGCGGGGAUCCACCGCGGGCGGUGGCACACCUUGGCGUGCGUUGUUUAGUUCGAAUAAAGAUGCUCCGCCGCAAUUAUACUCAACUAGCUGGUUGUUAAAACAAUCUCGUCUUCCUGUUGCGUCCAAUGAUUGCUUUGGUCGUGAAACGCGUGUUUACGACGAUCAUCAGCGGCGCAAGGUGCAGUCGGACCCAGAUGCAUCUACUUUGGGGGUAUUGUCUCCGGCUCUCUUCACGGAAUCAUUGACCACUAGCCAUGUCCGUGGUUGGCGAGCUUCGACCCGGAGAUUUGAUGGCUAUAUCCGAUCGACAGAAAAGACAAUUGAACCUCGCAAACUAUUGCACGAAUCUGGGACAAACAAUGUUUACGGAUCUUUAAUACGCUCGUCUCGUUCUCGCAGCGUAGACUGCAGUCCUGAACGUAGCUAUGACUGGCGCUAUACAAGAUACCCAAACUCAAGACAAAAAGACGAUAGAUCAGAAAUUAUGGAUCGAACUUACACGCGACUGCCCUACAGGUUUACUCGAUCUACCUAUGACCUUGCGGACAGCUUGCCAACGAUGGUUGAUCGCGAUCGGCCAUUGACAACGGCCAAGAACGAUCUAGCAAGACUGAGUUCUUUCGAACAGGUAGAGUUGUCAUCUCGUUCAAGGUCACGGUAUUUGUUUCGCACUUCGCUCGAUCAUUCGGAUGAAGAAAUGCAGAAUCGACGAGGUCCAAAACGUGGUAUCAAUCGAAUCGCUCGAGAACGAGGCUCCAAAGCUCGCCGACCUUCAUCUCUUCCGGACAAUUCAAAGUAUGAGACAAUUUUGCCGCAGGUCAACCCCUACGUGCCAUCACUUUUGAACCCGAAUCGCCCAGGGUACCUGCCCUUAACGUGCCCUGUCAAGAGAGUACGAUCCUCAUACGAUAGACAAGCUUUCGUCCAGAGAAGCAGACUGCUUUGUCAUGCCGGUAAAUGCGGGCCCUGUUGGCAGUGUAAACAUACAUCGCCUGCGAAAGCGGCCUGGCUAUCGAACCUUUGGGACCGGUCUCUUCCCGACACCUCAAAUUCUACAGAGUGGUCGUUGGACGCAGACGGCGAUGCCAGCAUGUAUGACGAAACCGAGACUUUUUGA